CUCUGCAGCAGGUUUACUUUCAUGGAAACAGGCUGAAGCCUUCGAGCUGCCUGGAGGAAAGAGAUCAAUGUAAAAACUGAUGGAGCAGUAAUUGGAACAUGGAAAGUGAUUAUCAGAGGCAGAAUCAGUCAGACAGACACGAAGCGGCUCCGGAUCCAACAAUCCGUUAUUAAUCUGCAGCCUCAGAGGAAGCCGGCAGCGUCUGCAGACGGCUUCAAACCCACAAAGCGUCCGAAGAUCAGCUGCUGUUCUGUUGGUCUUAAUAUCACAGCGAUCCUCCUCAGGACCAGGUCCUUGUUAGAGUUCAGUUAGAGUGUAGCUCCUGUUUCUGGAGAUGAAGGAGGUGCUGCAGAGUGUGAAGAUGGCCAAAGCCGUGGCUUCCUACGACCAGCUGGCCCACCAGGUGGAGGCGCUCCGGAAGGAGAACUCCCACCUGAGGAGGGAGCUGGAGGACAACUCCAACCACCUGUCCAAACUGGAGACCGAGACCACCGGCAUGAAGGAGGUGUUGAAGCAGCUGCAGAGUAAACUGGAGCAGGAGGCGGGAACAUUGGCCUCGUCCGGGAGGAGCGACGUGCUGCACCAACUCAAAGAGCUCCACAUGGACCUCACCAACUACUACGAACUCAAACACCAACCUCACAACCUGAGGCUGCUUACAGACAGCAUGGGAGGGGCGGGGCUAACAGGUGUUGGUGGAGGGGUGGAGCUAGAUGCUUGUCUGGCUUUGCCUCCUUCCUCCUGCUCCUCCUCCUCGGCGGCGGGCAGAGCAAGAAGUCCGCUGAGAGCGUCAUCACGUAUGAGCGCAGCAUCUGGUGGCGAGGCCGCCGCCGUAAUGAUACCCCAUCACUUCCUGGACGGAGCCCCGCCCAAAACAGCUGUGAUUAGUGGUGCGGAUGGUCGACAGAGCGAUCAUCACCUGGAGGAGCUGUACAAGGAGAGGAACCUCCUGCUGGGGGAGAUCGACCGCGAGGAGAGGGAGCGCUGCUGGUACUUCAGCCAGCUGGAGGCGCUGUCACAGAGACUGAACCAGCUGCCUCGCAUUGACACGUUUUCUCUGCAGAUGGAUCUGAUUCGGCAGCAGCUGGAGUUUGAAGCCCAGCAAGUUCAGUCUGUGAUGGAGGAACGCUUCGGUACCAGCGACGAGGUGGUUCAGAGGACACAGAUCCGUGUUGCUCGUCUGGAGCAGCUGGAGAAGGAGCUGCAGGAGGCCCGAGGGAGUCAGGAGAGCCAGCUACAGCCUACAACAGCCAACGAGAACCCGCGCUGUGAGGAAGGGCCAUUCUGA